AUGCAUGCGGCUGGAAAGGGGUUAGACGAACUUGACUUGGCGCAUCAUUGGCCAGACCGGUUAAGGGUGGUGUUGCUGGGCGAUGAGGUGCGCCGACCAGAUUGCCCAGUUUCACAGACACACACGCUGUCCGCACAGCCUCCUCUCGCCAUCGGACCCGAUUCAGACGAUUUGGUUGGAUUUCUCGCCCACACGACUGACCGGUAUUGUGAAACCGGUGGAGUAGGGCGCAGGUAUGAAUUUGCAUGGCCGUGUACACCGGGCUUCGGGCUCGAGUCCCGCUUCAAGCAGUACUCCGUCGCGGGCAGACCCACUCAGCCCUGCCGACAUCACAACUCAACAGAUGGUGUUGAGAAGACAAGUCGAGUUGCCAGGAUUGAUGCUGUAGCAUGGCGUGACCAGAUGCCGAGGGGGGAUUGA